UUAAGCGCAUGCGCAGUACCACGCAGCCACAGUGUCCAAACUGCGAAUUGCGCGUUAGUCGUUUGGAUAACAGCAAGCAUACUCUGACGAAUUAUAGGAGUUAUCUUUAGAAUUUUGUAAUAUAUUUAAUAUAUAAGUCAGAUAUUUCAUUCCUACAACUCGGCUGCGCGAGUGAAAAUCGGAGGGUCCUCAUCCUGUGGCUGUCAGUGAUGGCGCCAACAGUGCCCAAGGUCCUUCAGGGGGACUCCGUCCGCAUCCGCAUCAGCAGCCUGGAGCUGGGCACCACCCGGUGGAAAGAGGGCGGCUUCGAGAUCAACGAGAGGGACAGCAAAGUCAGCCUGUGCCUGAAGUUCAGCAGUGGGGGCGCUUCUAAAAUAUUUCAGCUGAAGCAGAAUGUGAAGAAUGUGGUGCUGGGCCCAAAGCAGAGUCUCGUCCGUCUGGCAGUGACCCUGAAGGACUCUAGUGUGGUUACUUUCGAUAAGGUGCCAGCCACGCUUGCCCAGAGAAUGAAGGAGUACCUGGAAAAACUUAAGGAGGGGAAACUUACAGGUCUGAAGACAACCCAGGGAAGUGCGAGUUUUGGAGGUAUCCUGGGGAAGCGAUUGCUCAACGAGUCCAGCCCGCGCACGGCCUCUGUGGAGAGACAGGCCAGGCCCCACAGGGAGGGGCAGUCUCCUCUAAAGCGCCUGGCGACGCCCAGCAGGAUCACCUCCACACCUGAGCACCGUGGGCUCUCUGAGAACAGAAUCGAGAAGCGGAAGAGGUUGACUGGCUCAGGGAGCGAUCUCUGUGAGGACUACCCCAAGGAGAAUGACUCCUCCAGCAAUAACAAAGCCAGCUUGGACUCAUCCCAGAAGUUUCUGCUGAGCUGCAAGGACAAGCUGAAACAGGCAGAAGACAACAGGAGCUCAGGUCCUCUGCAGCCAUCAUCCUUCUACAGUGGCCGUUUGUCCAGUAAAGAUUACACGCAUGGUCGUUCAUUCCCGGAGAGGCCAACAAGCGCAAGUCAGUCUCCCUCCUCUCGAAGGAGCCUAAUGUUCCCGAGUCACUCCACCCCCUUCAAGAGGAUUCGUCCCAGUUCUGACUACAGUGGGUGGAACAGGCCCAGACCCUCUGCUCUGGCACCACUUCAGCCUCCCCUGCAGGGAUUCUCCAACUUGGGGAACACCUGUUACAUGAAUGCUAUUCUCCAGUCUCUGUUCAGCUUGCAGUCCUUUACCAAUGACCUGCUAAAGCAGGGUGUUCUGUGGAGGACGGCUCCUGCUAAUGCUCUUCUCAGGCGCUUCAUCCACCUGCUGGCGAAGAAGGACACGUCCACCCCGGAGAUGAAGAGGGAGCUGCUGAGGAGGGUGAAGAGCGCCAUCUCCUCCACGGCCGAGCGCUUCUCCGGGUACAUGCAGAACGACGCCCACGAGUUCCUCAGUCAGUGCAUGGAUCAGAUGAAGGACGACAUGGAGAGGAUCAACAAGAGCUCGAAGAAGGAGGCCUGGGAAGGGCCUCAGGGGGCGUGGCCAGGGGAGCAGCCUGACACCUCCCGGAUUUACACCUGUCCCGUCAGGGCCAACAUGGAGUUUGAAGUGCAGCACACCAUCACGUGUAAAGGGUGUGGAGGGGUGGUCACCAAACAGGAGCAGUUUAAUGACCUGUCCAUUGACCUGCCCAGGAGUGCAAAGACCCUCCCACUGCUGUCCAUACAGGACUCCCUGGAUCUCUUCUUCAGGAUGGAAGAGAUUGAAUAUUCCUGUGAAAACUGCGAUGGAAAGUCAGCAACCGUGAUGCACAAAUUCAGUAAACUCCCCAGGGUGUUGAUCCUCCAUCUGAAACGGUACAGUUACAACGCUCAGCUGUCCGUCAACAGCAAGCUGGGUCAGCAGGUGUUCAUCCCCAAGUACCUCUCCCUGUUGGCCCACUGCACAGACUCCACGUGGCCCCCGCUUGGUCUCGGCUGGAGUGCACAAACAUCCACGAAGGUCUCCCUGAAACCCAACACCUCCAUUUCCCUGGACUCAGACAGCGAAGAGGAGGUGACCAGGAAGACUGCCAGCGGCAGACGCAGGCUGAGUCUGGGCGAUGAGGACAGGGCAGAGAAGGUGCCGGGCGGCAGGCGGGCGGAGCCGCUGGAUCACAGCGGGAUCGGCGAGGACGAGACGCUGGCGGCGGUCCUGGAGAUGAGCCGAAACGAGGCCCUGGGGUCCCAGAAAGAGCCCAGCAGCCCCGACACCGGCUUCGGAGACGCCGACGUGCCCGACCACCCGGACGCUGACAGAACCUCCGCAGAUACGACGGACGAGAACAAGGAGAACGAGACUCCGUGGGGCACGCAGGGGGAGACGGACUGGCCGCAGAGCAGCAGCCUUCGGCAGGAGGAGGAGGAGCGGGAGCUGAAGAUGGCCCUGGCCCAGAGUCUGCAGGAGCACGAAGCUCGUGAAAUGGAGGAGGAGGAUGACCUUAAACGAGCCACGGAGCUCAGCUUGCAAGAGUUCAACCGCUCUGUAACGGAGCUCCUGUGUUCCGCCGAGGACUCUGGGAAUGAGGAAGUGUUUGCCAUGGAGUACAGCGAGGCAGAGGCCGAGGAGCUGAAGAGAAAUGCUGAGACUGGAGAAAUGGCCAACUCCUUCAGGCUCGUCAGCGUGGUCAGUCACAUCGGCAGCAGCUCAUCCUCGGGUCAUUACGUCAGCGACGUCUACGACAUGAAGAAGCAGUCCUGGCUGACCUACAACGAUCUGGACGUGUCACGCACGCAGGAGUCUGCCGUGCAGAGGGACAGGGAGCGGAGCGGGUACAUAUUCUUCUACAUGCAAAGGGAGCAGUUUGAGGAGCUGGAGGGCAGAGGGGGAAGCAGCGAACCCGGAAGGGCAGUCCUGCAGCCCCUCUGAAGAGCACGGGCAAAACCCGCUCAUGCUAGAACCAGGCGGCUGAUGUCUGGAGUCGAAGCAAAAACAUUCCCAGUACUACUGAUCAUUCCUCACUUCCUCACGUAACCCUCCCUGACAAAUAAGGCAUUCAACACACGCUGAUCGGUGAUUGGUUCUGUCCCAGACUCAGAAAUUACCGUGGAGUACAGCAUGGUAGAUGCAACACUUUGUAUUCAAGUGUUUUCAACUGUUAAAUUAGCCAAACAACUUUUUGAACUCAGGGUUUUUUCUUAGUUUCUAACCAUUCCUUAUUUGAUGAAUAAGUGCAUUAAUGCAAGUUACUGUGACCUGACAAAAAAUAUUAACUCAGCAUCAAUUGUCUCUCAGUUGGCCAUGUCCUCUUAAAAUAUUAUAAUAUACAUCAGCAGGGAAUGGGAGGAUUAAGAGCUGUUGGGUCCCCUGAAGAUAUGCUGCAUAAAAAUGGUGCAAUAUUUUAGUGGUACUAACUUUCCAGUGAGUUUUAUAUUUUAUGUUUGUCCUGUACAACUGAGAUUGAGUGGGUUGUCUCACAGGAUUUAUGAUUUGUGUUUGUUCAUGUAAAUAAAUAUUUUAUUUGUUUUA